GAGCUUUCCUGCUGCAGUCGCCGACUAGCCCAUCUCCCUUCCCUGGGGCGAAGCCGCAGCUGCCUCACGCCAGACCUCGGACACGCUCCUGGUGGGCUGAGCCGGAGGCCGACCUGAGAGGCCGACUUAACGCAGUCGCCGUGCAACCGCCCUUUCGGUGCUGGCCGCAGCUUCUCCUGGCGCGGCCUAUUUCUGAGGCGAGGGCUCUCCUUCAGGGACCAGUCAGGGAGCGAGACGGGCCCGGGAAACCGGGCAGCGAACGGUCUCGUGCGCUGUGCAGAAUAUUCCUCCGGUUGGGGACCGAGAAGCAAAAGCAAGCAGCCUCUGAGGAGACGUGGGUUAGGGCUUUCCUGAAAGUGCUACGUUUCACCACAUGCAUUCAGCAUUCAUUUAAGUAGAAUUUGGCGGAUAUUGUGAAUUAGGAAACAUUCUCAAGAACACCUUCCUCCCCCCCAGCCUCCCACUCCCCUGCUCGUACCUCGAACCGUGUCACCAACAGAGGCUGCACCGUCUCCAGAAAUCUCCAGAGCAGUCACUACCUCUCUUUUACCGUAAUCUUCGAAUCUUGUCUGCGCAAAAGACCAACAUCCCGGCAUAAUCUUUAACUUCGUUAUGACCUCCUCCCCCCCCACCCCCACCCAUCCCUAGUUCUUAGGCAUUUGCUCACAGAUUCUUCCUUCCUCAGAGUUCAUGGUCCAUCUUUGUAACACUUUUAGAAAUUUCCCCCAUCUGUGCCUCGUUUCCUCCUCCACGAAAUGGGAUAAUCACACCUGCUUCCUACAGUUUUCCUGAAAAUUACACAAGUUAAUGCCCGUGAAAGAACUUAGAAAAGUGCCUGUUCCACAAGAAUUGGAUUUAUCGCGUAACCUCACUGCUAUGCCUCACAGUCUGCAACGAUAUUCAGGCAAUGUAAAGAAAUGUAAAAGUGUGAAUGAAGCAGAUUAAGGUUAUUAAUAUGAAAAGAUUUGAUGACAUGAGGUGAAAACAAAAUCAGCCACCACAUAUACCUGCUUAAAAAAUUUCAAGAUAAAUACAGUGGGCGCCCCCCCCCCCAUCAGCUGUUUUACUUUUUGUGGUUUGAGUUAACCAUGGUGAACCAUGGUGUCCAGAAGCAGAUGAUCAUUCUUCUGAUGUAUCAUCAGGUCAAUAGUUGUCUAACACUAUGUCAUGUGUUUGCGUCAUUCACCUCACUUCAUCCCGUCACAUAGGCAUUUUAUCAUCUCACAUCAUUACAAGGAGAAGGAUACAACCAAAAGAUUUAUCUGGAGGACCAAAUGCAGUUUCAUAUGUAUAUUUAGAAGUUGUAUGUGAUCAUUUUUCAAAAGCAACAAAAAUUCCACUCCGCUAUGACAAUGGAUUUAUCCUCAUUCAGACAGACAAAUCUGUUUACAAUUCACAUGAGUCAGUAAAAGUUAGAAUUUAUUCAUUGGACGAAGACCUAAAGCCAUCACAAAGAGAAGUUACCAUAACUUUUAUAGAUCCAGCAGGGUCAGAAGUUGCCAUGGUAGGAGAAAAAAAUUAUACUGGAAUUAUCACUUUUCCUGACUUCAAGAUUCCAUUUAAUCCUAAAUACGGUUCAUGGACAAUUAAAGCUAAAUACAAAGAGGACUUCACAACAACAGCAGUUGCAAUGUUUGAAGUUAAAAGCCAUGAUUUACAUUCAGUGAAACCACACUUCUUUAUCUUAGUAGAACCAGAAAAUUACUUCAUUAGCCAUAAAAAUUUUGAGGACUUCAAGAUUACUAUAAAAGCUAGAUAUUCUUAUAAUGAGAAUGUAACAGAGGCUAAAGUUUCUGUCUUUUUUGGGAUAAGAGAAGAUUUACAUGGGAGUGGAAAAGAAAUGAUGCAUGAAGCAACACAGAAGACAGAGCUGAUUGAUGGAGUUGCACAAAUUAAUUUUAAUACUUCAAGGGCAAUUAAGAAACUGUCAUAUAAAAGUCUAGAAGAUUUAAAUAACAAGUAUCUUAAUAUUUUUGUGGAAGUACAAGAAAGUACAGGUACAUUCUUCCAAGAAACCAAAAUGACUGAUAUCAAAUACGUCCUCUUACCUUACACACUGGAUUUGGUUGCUACUCCUCUUUUCCUGAAGCCUGGAAUUCAAUACUGCAUCAAGGUACAGGUGAAGGAUGCCUCUACCCAUUUCGUAGGAGGGAUUGCGGUAAUCUUGAAAGCAAAAACAGUUGGUAAAACUCAGGAGAAGAGAGAACUGGAUCCAAUAAAAAGCACAACAAAUUACAAUGAUGGAGUAGCUUCAUUUGUGGUUAACAUUCCCUCUGAUGUGACAACGCUGGAGUUUAAUGUCAGAACUGAUGAUCCAGACAUUCCAGAAGAAUAUCAGGCCAGCAAUGACUAUCAAGCUGUGGCCUACUCAUCACAUAGCCAAAGUUUCCUUUCCCUUAGCUGGACAGACAGUCACAAGAGUUUGCUUGUGGGAGAACAUCUGAGCAUAACUAUUACCCCUAAAAGUCCAUAUGUUGACAAGAUUACACACUACAAUUACUUGAUUUCAUCUAAGGGCAAAAUCAUACACUUUGGCACAGAGAAGAAACUCCCAGGUUCAUCUUACCAGCUUUUAAACCUUUCUGUGACUCAGCACAUGGUUCCUACAGCCCGUCUCCUGGUAUAUUACAUUGUCACAGGACAGCAGAUAACAGAAUUAGUAUCUGACUCAGUCUGUCUAAAUAUUGAAGAAAAAUGUAGCAACCAGCUUCAGAUCUAUCUGUCUCCAAAUAAAGAUAUAUAUUCUCCAGGCGAAACUGUAUCUCUCACUAUGGAAACUCAGUCAGAAUCGUGGGUAGCGUUAUCAUCAGUGAGCCGUGCUAUAAAUAGCAUCCAAGAAAGAAGCAAAAAUAACAUGGAAAGAAUACUGCAAUCUUUUGAUAAAACUGGCCAGGACUGUGGAGGAAGUGGUGGCAGGAAUAAUGCUGAAGUGUUUGACUUAGCAGGACUCACUGUCCUCACCAAUGCAAAUGGAGAUGACUCCCAACAAGAUGGUGGAUUGUUGGAGAAAAUUCCCAGAUCAAGAAGAGAAUUAAAAGAGAAAAUAGAAAGUCUAGCAUCCACGUUCAAACACCCAUUGAUCCAGAAGUGCUGUUAUGACGGAGCCUUUAAAAGCGAGGAGAGCUGUGAGCAGAGAGCUGCAAAGAUUACCCUUGGCCCACGUUGUUCCAGAGCUUUCUCUCAGUGUUGUGAGCUGGCAAAUAAACUGCGGGAGGACACGUCUUACAUCCAUGUAAUGAUUGGAAGGCAUGAGCCAUCAAGCAGGUACCCAAUAAUGUUUGAAAGAAGCAUUUUUUUAGAAAACGGGUUAUGGGAAGUACAUCAUGUCUCUAAAAGGAAUCAGAUAGAGUUGACGCUACCUGAUUCUCUACCUACCUGGGAAAUUCAAGGUGUUGGCAUCUCAAAUCAAGGUCUGUGCGUUGCUGAUGUGCUGCAGCUCCAGGUGCACAAAGACAGUUUCCUGGUCAGAGACAACAAUAUGGCGAUCGUCAAUUAAGAGGGACAGUUUCCCACACCAAAGUUCCUAAGCAACCCUCAUCCUACAAACAAUGGCUGGAGUUCCAGCAGCCAACAUGGACCAUGAGGUAACACUGAAGAUGGAAGCUAGGUGAUAGCAUGGUGGAACAAAAAAAUAACGGCCCCUGCCUCUGAGGACAUAUGGAAAUGCCAUUGCAGCCUUGGACUUCUGUUAUGUGAGAGAGAAAUAAACAUAUACCUCAUUUGGGCAACAGUGA